AUGGGAGAUUCUGCUGUGGCUAAGAGAAAAGGACGUGAAAAUAGGAGCAACUUGCAUCAGUCUGAGCCGGUGUCAGGUGAUGGUCAAAAGGUUGUGAUGCCAGUUGGAUUUAAAGGACUUGCAGAAUCUUCGGAGCAUGACAAAAGGCAGAUUAGUAUCGAUAUUAGAAUAACUUCUCCUGAAAGAGGCUUUCAGCAGAGAGAUGGGGAUGAUAGAACUAGAGCUCCUAAUCAAGUUGACAUACGCAAAGAUGCAAUCACGAAAAGGAAACAACAACGUGAGGCUGUAGAUGCACUUCUUUCUUCAGCUCUCAUAUCUUCAAAAAAGACUGAAAUCUCAUCGAAACCUGUAACUGCAAUGAGGCAUUUACCUCCAACAAAUACUGCAGGGCAUGCAAUUAAACCACCCAAGCCAAGAAAAGGAUCUAAGUCGAAUGAUGCUGAGUUAUCAGAUGACACGUUGAUGGCGUUGAGAUACCUUGAGUUAGCAGAUCAGCGCAAAAAUGACAGACCCAAGUUCAAGAAAGAAAAUUCUGAUGAUCGUUCAAGGAACCUAAAACAUGCUGAGAAGGUUAAAAGGUCUAGCAGGCAUGCUGAACUGCAACAUAAAAAUGCAAAGCAUUCCUAUGAAAGGAAAAGAAAAUACAUGAUCACGGAAACUCAAAGUGCUUAUAGUGCAGGUGGAGAUGAACAUGAUUGUUUGGCAACAGGGGAUGCUUUCAAAGGCAAGAAAAGAAGAGCCAGAGAAGAACAUGAUUCUGUAGCGAAGAUGGAUCUUACAUCUGUAGCCGGAAAUAGGGUCAAUGAGGAUAUGAAGUCCACAAGCACAGGAGAUCAAGUGAUAGACCGUGUAUAUGAAGUCAAAAAAACUAAUGAAAAGCUACUCAGUAUGGGAGAUUCUGCUGUGGCUAAGAGAAAAGGACGUGAAAAUAGGAGCAACUUGCAUCAGUCUGAGCCGGUGUCAGGUGAUGGUCAAAAGGUUGUGAUGCCAGUUGGAUUUAAAGGACUUGCAGAAUCUUCGGAGCAUGACAAAAGGCAGAUUAGUAUCGAUAUUAGAAUAACUUCUCCUGAAAGAGGCUUUCAGCAGAGAGAUGGGGAUGAUAGAACUAGAGCUCCUAAUCAAGUUGACAUACGCAAAGAUGCAAUCACGAAAAGGAAACAACAACGUGAGGCUGUAGAUGCACUUCUUUCUUCAGCUCUCAUAUCUUCAAAAAAGACUGAAAUCUCAUCGAAACCUGUAACUGCAAUGAGGCAUUUACCUCCAACAAAUACUGCAGGGCAUGCAAUUAAACCACCCAAGCCAAGAAAAGGUAAUUGUUUACCAAUUUCAACAAGCAUGGAACAUCUUCAAGUUUGGGAAAGCAUUAGUGUAGGAAUAGUGUUUAUCACCUUCAUUUCUUACAUAUUUCCUACUAGGUAG